AUUAUUCUUUUUGCUCUCACUCUUUAAAAUCAAGCUGAGUUUUUAUUUUUAAUCAGUCAAUAUAUUAGUGCGCUCUUACCAUUCAUUCAUACUGCAAUGUGUGAUUGUUUACGUUUAUCACACAGCUAACUAACGCUACUCUUAUAGUCUGCACGCAUGAAAUGGCGAUAAAAGCCGCUUCAUUUCUUGGUUUCUCUUUUGAGUGUAUUUAAAUGCCAGACUUCUGUUCAGCUGUGUGUUUAGUAGUGGAGCGGGCGUCAAUGCCAGCACACCUUGCUGGUUAGCUAAUGUAGCCCACCAGCUCACAUUAAGUUACCUGUCAAAGUCUUACCUGUUCGGAUGGAUAAAGUGUAGGAAAACCUGAAUUGGACAGGAGGGGUGAGUCUGAGGAAUCUGGUGAUGAUGAGACCAAGAGGAAGAGUCUCAAUGGAGAGGUCGACUCCUUGCAAGCUCCUACGACUGUACCUGAGGAGUCACCUGUUGACAUGGACACCAUAACCUUAGACCCAGAUGAGGAGGAUGUGGAUCUGGUCCACUGUCGCAUUGGGAAGAUUGAGGGUCUGGAGGUUCUUCGGAAGGCACAGACAAUUUCUCUUAGGCAAAACCUCAUCAAAUGCAUUGAGAACUUGGACAGCCUCGUCUCAUUGAGAGAACUCGAUCUUUAUGACAACCAGAUCCGCAAACUAGAGAAUCUUCAGGCCCUAACAGAGCUCGAGCAGCUAGAUGUAUCGUUCAACUUGCUGAGGAAGAUUGAGGGAUUGGAGUACCUCACAAAAAUCAAGAAGCUCUUCCUGCUUCAUAAUAAGAUUACAAGCAUUGCCAACCUCGAUCAACUGACGAGCCUCCAGAUGCUUGAGCUGGGCUCUAACCGCAUCAGGGUUAUUGAGAAUCUGGAUUCUCUUACUACUUUGGAGAGUUUGUUCCUUGGCACGAAUAAAAUCACUCAGCUACAGAACCUUGAUGGAUUGCACAGUCUGACGGUUCUCAGUAUCCAGAGUAACCGCAUCACGAAGUUGGAAGGACUCCAGAAUCUUGUGAACCUGCGCGAGCUUUACUUGAGUCAUAAUGGCAUUGAAGUCAUUGAGGGCCUGGAAAACAAUAAAAAGCUGACAACUUUGGAUAUCGCUGCAAACAGGAUAAAAAAGAUUGAAAGUAUCAGCCAUUUGACUGAAUUAAAAGAAUUUUGGAUGAAUGACAACCAAAUUGAUAACUGGGCAGACUUGGAUGAACUCAAGAACGUCAAAGGUCUAGAGACUGUCUAUCUGGAGAGAAACCCUCUGCAGAAGGACCCUCAAUACAGACGCAAGAUCAUGUUGGCUCUUCCCAGUGUCAGGCAGAUAGAUGCCACCUUCAUCCGUUUCUGAUCAUCCACCUUAUUGUGCCCUCCCUCACCCAAACCAUCCACCACAUAUUAUAAACGCACCACUACCAUAUUACCCUCAUGGACACCGUCUGCCCUAUUUAUCUCUCUUAUUUAAUUUUUAACAACAAAAAAGAAGAAUCUCACACUCCCAGUGUUGCCAUUCCAUGUGCUGGCACCUUUUACUCACACAGAGACUAUAUACCUAUGCUCUGACUUACGCUAUAGUGUGAAUGCUUGUUAAUUUAUUUUCAGUUUAGGACCUGAUCAGUCUGAACUCAAAGGAGCCUGUUGCUCGGAAAAUAUAUCAGCGCUAAAUCUCGCUGCCCUUAGCAUUUUGGUUAGGAAAUCAUUUCAUCAUAGUUACACCUUCUCUCUUUCAUCAAUUUAAAAUCAGAAGUUUCCACCCUGUAUGAUUUACAUUAGGCUUAUUUACUAUACGAGGUGGUAAAAAGGUCAGAAUCCGCGAUGCAUUCAGGUAUUAAAGAUGGCUAUGAGGAACUUCUUAUUCUUUGAUGUGAUCAGGGACAAUUUCUUAUGGAUUCUGUUUGCAUAUCAGUUCUGUUUCUGGUUGUAGCAGUAUGGCUGGUUGAAAUGGCAUGACGCAUAUUGUUCACUCUUCAUUAAUACUGAAUAUUAUUAGAGAUUAAUUCCAUUAUAAACUAAGGUUAUGCCACACAAUCUUAAGGGAUUUUAGUGAUUAGUAUUUUUUUAAUUCCUUUUUUUGUGAAAAAUUAAGUAUCACAUGCACUCAAAAUAUUCACACAGAAACACCUCAUAUUGUUGUAUGAUCUGCAGAGUUGUUUUCUUCACCCGCGAUAGGCGGUGAAGGGAAGAGGCCACAGUGUGGUGACUGUGUUUGGCCACGCCCAUUUACCAGGAGGGGUUUCACUCAGCUGAUUCUUUAUGGAAUGAACCCAGUCCCUUUAAAAGGGUUAAAGAACAACUGCAUAGGAUUGCUUUUAAUUUGCUAGAAUUUUCACUUUGUUUUACAAGCUUGGUUGACUGUUUUGAAUUGAAUGUACUAUAAAUAAACUGAAUUUGAACAGUG